AUGGGAGAGACCAAAAAUACAUCCCUGGACACAGUGGUGACAGACUUCAUUCUCCUGGGCUUACCUCAUCCCCCGAGUCUGAGGACCCUCCUCUUCCUGGUCUUCUUCAUCAUUUACAUCCUGACUCAGCUGGGGAACCUGCUCAUUCUGCUCACCGUGUGGGCUGACCCAAAGCUCCAUGCUCGUCCCAUAUACAUUCUUCUAGCCGUGCUCUCAUUCCUGGACAUGUGGCUCUCCUCAGUCAUCGUCCCUCGAGUUUUUCUAAACUUUACUCCCACCAGCAAGGCAAUCCCCUUUGGGGGCUGUGUGGCUCAACUGUAUUUCUUUCACUUCCUGGGCAGCACCCAGUGCUUCCUCUACACCUUGAUGGCCUACGACAGGUAUCUGGCAAUAUGCCAGCCCCUGCGCUACCCCGUGCUCAUGAAUGGGAGGUUAUGCACCAUCCUCGUGGCUGGAGCUUGGGUGGCUGGCUCCAUCCAUGGGUCUAUCCAGGCCACGCUGACCUUCCGUCUGCCCUACUGUGGGCCCAACCAGGUGGAUUACUUUAUCUGUGACAUCCCUGCAAUAUUGAGACUGGCCUGUGCUGACACAACCAUCAAUGAGCUCGUGACCUUUGUGGACAUUGGGGUGGUGGCAGCCAGUUGCUUCAUGUUAAUUCUGCUCUCCUAUGCCAACAUAGUCCACGCCAUCCUGAAGAUUCGCACUGCCAAUGGGAGGCGCCAAGCCUUCUCCACAUGUGGCUCCCACCUAACCGUGGUCACUGUCUACUAUGUGCCCUGUAUCUUCAUCUAUCUCAGGGCUGGCUCCAAGAGUCCCCUGGAUGGAGCAGUAGCCGUGUUUUACACUGUUGUCACUCUGUUUCUGAACCCCCUCAUCUAUACCCUGAGGAACCAGGAAGUGAAGUCUGCUCUGAAGAGAAUAACAGCAAGUCAAGGGGCCGCCAGUGAAAAUAAGUAA